GGAAAAGAAGUCGCUUCUGUUUCACAUUCUCCCUAGAGUGCGCGUGUUUUCUGCCAUUUUUAUUUCAUUAGUGAAAGCUGAGCUAGAGCAUCAGCAACUUUUCAAUAAAGACGCCAUUCGAUGGAAAAAAUCUAACAAUGUUCAGUUUUGAGGGAGAUUUCAAAACAAGACCCAAGGUGUCACUUGGAGGAGCGAGUAAAAAGGAGGAAAAAGCAUCUCUGCUUCACCGCACUCAAGAAGAAAGAAGAAAAAGAGAGGAUGAAAGGAGAAGACUGAAGAAUGCCAUUGUCAUUCAGUCUUACAUUCGUGGGUACCAGGCCCGUAAACAGCAAUAUGCCAUCCAGAGGACCAAAUUUGAUGAGUGUGUCAGUCAGACGCAGCAGGCUGGAGCACAUUAUGUCUUGGAUAGCCACAGCCUCAGUCUCCUAACAAGACAACUCAUAUUUUUCUACAGACAGGGUGUGGAUGCACAUAGAUUGAUAUGGAUGUGUCAGAACCUGGUGAAAUACCACAGUCAAUUUGUGAAGCUGUUGGCAAGUUCAGAAAGGCAGACGUGUGUGUUUCAGAUCAAGAGAAUCUUAGGCUUCUGCUGCAGACUUCUACAGAACAGCAAGGAUGACAGUUUGAAUGUUGCCGUUCCCAUGAGGAUGCUAGAGAUAUAUUCCUCAGAGAGAACCUAUCUCCCUAUUCUUCUAGACACUAACUGUGUAGCAUCACUAAUAGAGCAGAUUUUGCACUAUAUGGUUCAGAAAGGAUACUAUAGGUCCCUGUAUAUUCUAGUGAAUCACAGGCUCCCUUCCAGUCUGGAGUAUAGUGAUGCUCCCUCUGUCCCUUUGGCAAGCACACUGUUGGACCACAUCCUCAAGCCCCUGCACUUUACCUACUCCUCCUGCACAACGGGCGCAAGGCAGUUUGUAUUUGCAGCCUUCACAGAGGAGUUCAUCUCAGCACCAUUCACCGAGCAGAUCUUUCACUUCUUUAUCCCAGCACUGUCAGACUUACGUCUGUCCUUCCCCUUUGAGGCCUUCCUGGGCUCCCUCCAGGCCACUGUAGACUCCUCCUCAGCAAUACAGAGCCAGGCACCAUGGCUGUUUUACUUUGUACUUUCCGCAGGGGAGAACUGCAUAGGCUCACUGUCAGAGGAGGGCCUCCUCCUUUACCUGCGGGCCUUGCAGACCCUACUGCCAAAGCUGCCAGUGUCUGACAGCAGCAGCCGGCCUGAGGUCGGCAGUGACUCAGAGGAUGAGGAGGACGCCGAUCUCCACCCUCUGCCCUUGCAGGAUGACAGCAGGAUCUCAGUGCAGCUGAUCACAGAGGAGUGCGUGCACAAGCUGGACACCAAACAGCAGACCAACGCCCUGCUUAACCUGGUAUGGAGAGACUCGGCCAGUGAAGAGGUCUUCACCAUGAUGGCGUCCAUCUGCCACACGCUUAUGGUCCAGCACCGCCUCAUGGUGCCUAAAGUCAGGCUCUUGUACAGUUUAGCAUUCAACGCACGUUUCCUGAGGCAUCUCUGGCACCUGAUCACAUCCAUGACAACAAAAAUGAUCACCGGCUCCAUGGUUCCCCUGCUGCAGGUGAUCUCGCGAGGGUCUCCCAUGUCCUUGGAGGACUCCAACCGCAUCAUUCCCCUCUUCUAUCUCUUCAGCUCCCUUUUUAGCCACUCACUCAUCUCUGUGCACGACAGCGAGUUCUUCGGCCAUGAACUGGAUGGUCACAAUCAGUCAUCCAUGAUGCCCUUCACCCUGGUGGAGCUGGUCACUCUUUCUCGCUGCCUGAGGGACGCGUGCUUGGGUAUUAUCAAGCUUGCCUACCCUGAGACCAAGACCGAGCACCGUGAGGAGUACAUGGCUGCUUUCCGUAGCGUGGGGGUGAAGACUAACUCGGCGGUGCAACAGCGCAUCCAGGCCGAACAGAAGCGCUGGGUACAGCUCUUUAAGGUCAUCACUAACCUGGUGAAGAUGGUGAAGGCACGUGAUAUCCGACGACCCUUCUGUCCCUCAGGUCACUGGCUCUCUGAAGAGGUCAACAUCCGAGCAGAUAAGGUCACCCAGCUGUAUGUUCCCUCUGCUAGACAUGUGUGGAGAACACGCAGGAUGGGCCGCAUCGGGCCACUUCAGUCAACACUCGAUGUUGGCCUGGAACCUCCACAGCUGUCGGUGUCCGAGGAGAGACACCUGGCCAUCCUCACAGAGCUCCCAUUUGUGGUUCCCUUCGAGGAGCGAGUCAAGAUCUUCCAGAGGUUGAUCUAUGCAGACAAGCGGGAUGUACAGGGAGACGGGCCAUUCCCGGACGGCAUCAACGUCACCAUUCGACGCAACUACAUCUAUGAAGAUGCCUACGACAAGCUCUCUCCAGAAAAUGAACCGGACCUGAAGAAGAGGAUUCGAGUGCAUCUGUUGAACGCUCAUGGCCUGGACGAGGCAGGCAUCGACGGUGGAGGAAUCUUCCGGGAAUUCCUUAAUGAACUUCUCAAAUCAGGCUUCAAUCCAAACCAGGGUUUCUUCAAGACCACCAAUGAGGGAUUGCUUUACCCCAGCCCCACUGCAGAGAUGCUGGUCGGAGACUCGUUUGCCAGGCACUACUACUUCCUAGGCAGGAUCCUAGGGAAGGCACUUUACGAGAACAUGUUGGUGGAGCUGCCCUUUGCCAGUUUUUUCCUGUCUAAACUUCUGGGGACCAGUGCUGACGUGGACAUCCAUCAUCUGGCCUCGCUGGACCCAGAAAUGUACCGCAAUCUCCUCUUCCUUAAGAGCUAUGAGGAUGACGUGGAGGAGCUGGGCCUCAACUUCACCGUAGUCAACAACGACCUAGGAGAGGCCCAGGUAGUUGAGCUGAAGCCGGGAGGGAAGGACAUCCCAGUUACCACAGCCAACCGGAUAGCCUACAUCCAUCUGGUGGCCGACUACAGACUGAACAAACAGAUCAGGCCCCAUUGCCUGGCCUUCAGACAAGGUCUGGCUAAUGUGGUCAACCUGGAGUGGCUGCGCAUGUUUGACCAGCAGGAGAUCCAGGUGCUGAUAUCCGGGGCUCAUGUGCCUAUUUGCCUCGACGACCUGAAGAAGUUCACAAACUACUCAGGUGGUUACUCAGCCACUCACCCUGUCAUCCAAAUCUUCUGGGAGGUGGUGGAAGGCUUCACAGAUGAGGAAAAGCGCAAGUUGCUCAGGUUUGUCACCAGCUGCUCCAGACCUCCGCUGUUGGGCUUCAAGGAGCUGUACCCGGCCUUCUGCAUCCACAACGGGGGCAGUGACCUGGAGCGUUUGCCCACCGCCAGCACCUGCAUGAACCUGCUCAAGCUGCCGGAGUUCUGCGACCAGCACCUGUUGAAGAACAAGCUGCUGUACGCCAUCGAGUCCUCUGCGGGAUUUGAGCUCAGCUGAGGAGGGGGGGGGGGGUCUGUGUCCCUGCGUCCACGGACUCAGAGCCACCGAGCAUAGUUGGAGAAAGACUAAGGCACAGAAAAGACACGGGAAGGAAGGAAACAAUUACGCACUGACCCAUCUGAUUCACUGUGUGUGUGUGUGUGUGUGUGUGUGUGUGUGUGCGCCCGCGUGUGUGUGUGCGCCCGUGUGUGUGUGUGUGUGCGCGCGCGUGUGUGUGCGCCCGUGUGUGUGUGUGUGUGUGCAUGCGAGCGUGUGCGCGUGUGUGCGCGCGCGUGUGUGUUGGCACAAAGCUGAGAGCAAGAGUGUGAUGAACCACAGACUGAGGAAGGGGUUGCAAGAACAAAAGGGGGCAUGGGGAACAGGUCUUAAUUCUCAUAUUUUUUUAAAGAAAAAUUGUAUUAGUGCGUUCUAUUAACUAAACCCUUCAGAAGAACCCCGGUAGCUGCAUUUCGCAGGAAACGGAUCACGCAAAAACAAAAUCAACAAAAAAGUAAGUCAGUAGAUAAGUGACAAGCCGCGAAGGUUUCCACGGCAGCAGUCGCUCUUCCGUAGCGUAACCUGAACGCAACAACAGUCUUUUUCACCAAAGAUUGAGCAGUGUCAAAUAAGACAGCAGGCAUCGAUCCGGAGGCUGCAGAGCACUAAAGCCACCUGCUGGCCUGUCCAGGGCCCUGGAGGCGGAGAUGCUGUUGUGUAUAGCCAAUGUGAAGUUUUAGGUGGAGGUCAAUAAAAACAUCUCUGAGUUUGUGUGAGUUUCCAAAUGAUUCUUCUUACCAGUAAUAAUUGUUGUGUCUGAUUCCUGUACCGUAAAUGUGUCAAUGCUGUGGGGUAGGCUACACGUGUGGAUGUGUUAACGGCAAAUGGUCGACAUCAUUGGACGAGGAAUGGAAAAGAACUAUUGGUUAUAUGAUCAUGGGUUUGUGAAUAUGUAUAUGUUUACCGCCACUCUUGUAUGACCCGUAUAUUCAGUAUUUGUACAGGUUUCUUUUGGCUUUCCUUUUUGUGACGAAUGAUGACCUCGCGUUUUAAUCGUUUUAAUACGCGCUCGCUUAAGUGAACAGUCCCGCUCCCUCGACAGUGCCCUUUUAGGGAGCAACAGCUGUAUCAAGUUUAAAAGAGUUCUGAAUUAACAGUGUACCUGCAGGGUGAAUAAGUCUGUAUGGAUAUGAAUAAAAAACCCCUUUCUUUUGCA